CUAACCUCUUCUCUAGCUCUAGGCCUAAGCAGGCAGAAGGAAGAGAUUAGAUUAAUCAAAAUCAAGUAGAAAGUUUAAAACUGUUCACUGUUACUGUUAUUGAGUUGACCGACUGAUUGUUACUAUUGUUAGGUCUAUUAGAGCAAAUUAAGGCUUUUCUGUGACAAUGGACAGCUCAGGUGUAACUGAUGCUCAAAUAUUAGGACUGAAUAUUGAGGAAGACGUAGAUGAUAAUCAACAUUUGCCUUUUGAAGAUAACUCCAUAUCCACACGAAAAAAGAGGUUACAUCUUGACAGUGAAUCAUCUUCAGUAGACAUUGAAGUCGGGAGUCUAACUGGCUUUAUCAUGGACAAAAGAAUAAAACUAGAAAGCCACACAGAGGAAGAAGGCAUUAGUUCACGUUUGAUGCAAGAGAAUAGUUGUGAUGGUCUGGAGGACAAUGGAGGAAUGAUGUUGGGAUCUGCAGCCUCUGAGGGAAUGGUUUCUACUCCAGGAACUAUGCCAUAUUCUACUGAAGACGAUACAGGAGAUGAAGAUGGCUCCAUUCUUAUUCAUCACAUGGACAUAAAAGAACCCUUGUCAAACUUAAAAGUGGCUCUAGAAGAAGUUCAUGGAAUCUCUUUGGAGGGAUAUGACUUCUAUCUUCAAGACACAACAUUGCUGGAAGGACACAAAAACUUGGUGGAACAGUGUGUCCAGGGUUGUGGCACAGUGCAAGUCAACCUGCAGCUCAAGAUGGAGGAUGAUGGCACAAAGAAGAUCAACAUCAUUGAUGUCCUCAAGCCUUCUGACUCCUACCUUCUGGCAACUGGAAAUCCAGCUUUCAGUCCGGAUAUGCCAGAAGAAGAGACCACUCCACCUGUUGAGAAGGAAGACGACCCCUCUGAGCAAAACCUCAUACGCUGGGUCAUAGACCAUGGUUUUAAAUCUAGUCAACAGAAGUUGAACAUCCCACAAGAUCCAACAGACUGGGAUGUGUCACAUGUGAGGCAUUGGCUAUUGUGGGCUGUCAGACAGUUUAACCUUACUGGCAUCAAGUUGACAGAUUGGAAGAUAUCUGGCCAACAGCUGUGUAGCCUCACUCUGGAAGAUUUCAAGGCCAGAGUGCCCUACGACCCGUCAGAUAUCUUCUGGACUCAUUUGGAGCUCUUGCGCAGGUGCAAAUUUGUAGCCGUCAUGCAAAAUCCAGCGGAAGUCUUGAUGCAAUACGAGGCUGAAAAGAAAGAAAGAGAGAAUAAUUUGGCCAAGAACAUAAUGAGAAACAGAGAUAAGAAGCUUAAACCACCUUCAAUCACAGUGGAUCCAGCAAACCAGCAAAUGGCGUGUGGUAAUUGGGGAUCAGGUAACAGAUCAGGUAACAAUGGACAAGUGCAGCUGUGGCAGUUCUUGUUGGAUUUGCUCACAGACAAGAAUCACCGUGAGUGCAUCCAGUGGCUUGGAGCCGAGGGGGAGUUUAAGCUUAAAGAACCAGAGCGUGUGGCUCAGUUGUGGGGGAUGCGAAAAAAUAAACCGAAUAUGAACUAUGAAAAACUAAGCAGAGCCCUGCGCUACUACUACGACGGUGACAUGAUUGCCAAGGUACAUGGGAAACGUUUUGUCUACAAGUUUGUAUGUGACCUGAAGCACUUGAUGGGUUACUCUGCCUACGAGUUAAAUCGCCUCGUAAUAGAAGCAGAAAUGAAAGCUCUAAAUGCAAACAGUGAUCCCAUUCAGCACAGCAUAUUUGGACACAGAGAAUUUUGAAAUGCAAAACUAUUGUUAAUAAGAAUCUACGGUAUGUUGAAUUGUGUUAUGUAAAUAUGUAAAUAAAAAUAUUUUUAAUUGUA